AUGUCACUAACAGCGUUGGCGGAAGUUAUUUUGGCCAACGCCAAGGAGCUUGACCAGCGUGGGGUUGUCGAUGUCGAAUCCAAAAUCGGCUUCCGCGAUCUGACACAAAGUGAUCUCGACUGCCGUGCGCGUCUCAUUACCGCUAUCCGUGAGUUGCAUAGAAUGGCUCUCGGUCCUGCAGAAACCAUAUACAACAUGUUAAUGUCCAGCACCGGCGACAUAACCAGCCUCCUCGCCCUCGCACGCUACGACAUCCCCGCAAAAGUUCCAACCACCGGCAGCACGUCCUUCGCCGCCCUCGCAGAGCACACCAGCGGCGGCGCCCUCGACGCCGAAACCCUCGCGCGCCUCCUCCGCAACAGCAUCGUCGAAGGCAUCUUCGCCGAGCCCUCUCUGGGCCAGAUCCAGCACACGCCCGUCUCGCGCCUGCUCCGGGACCCGGACUUCACGGCCCUCGUCGGCUUCUACGCCGAGGAGAACGGCGGCGCCGCGGGCAGCACGACGCUCGACGCGCUGGCGCGCUGGCGCUGCUCGCGCGAGCCCGCUUGCACCGGUUUCGCCCUCGCGAAUGCUGGUGGAGGUGGAGGUGGAGGCGGAGGCACCGAAACAGGUGCUUACGAGUCGUUCUUCGCUGAGCUGGCGAAGGACCCGGCCCGCGUCAGGCGCGCCGCCGGUGCCUUCAACGCCCUGCCGCAGAUGCUGGUUCAGGGGCAGGACGGGCUGAGCCGGUCGCCGCUAUGGUGGGAGUUGGAUGAGUCCGCGGCCGCCGCUCAGCCGGACGGUUCCGCCGUCGUUGUUGAUGUUGGCGGCAAUCGUGGGCACGCGAGCAUGGCGCUGGCGGACGCGACGACGGAGCGGGUGCGGUUCGUGGUCGAGGAUUUGCCGGGCCCGGUGGCACUGGGCGAGGAAGGACUGCCGGAGUGGUAUCGCGGGCGCGUGUCGUUCAGGAUUCAGGACUUCUUCAAGGAGCAGGGUGUGAAGAACGCGGACGUGUAUUUCCUGCGGAAGGUCAUGCAUGACUUCCCGGACCAUUAUUGCGUCAAGAUAAUUCGGGCCCUGAUCCCGGCGUUGAAGGAGGGCGCGAGGGUCGUUGUGUGUGACAGGUUGAUGCCAGAGGCGUCGAAAGCUGGGUAUAAACAACGAGAGGCAAGAUUCAGUGAUCUUGCGAUGCUUCAACUGUUGAACGGUCGUGAACGUAGCGAGACUGAUUGGAAGAAAUUGUUUGCGGACGCGGACUCGAGAUUUGAUGUUGAGUUUGAGCAUUGGACUGGAAAUCUUCAUGGGCUGGUUAUAGCGACCUGGAGACCAUGA